AUGUCAAACAAAUCCAUAGCUAGUGACAUCGAAAAGGGUUCUGGCACCCACGUAGAAAAUCAACUCGACCCAGUUGCUUACGUACUUGAUGAAGAUCAUGAACAAUAUCUUAUUUCAAGACAUGGUUCUGUUCAAUUAGAUCCAUUACCAUCUGCUGAUCCUGAAGAUCCAUUAAACUGGCCAGACUGGAAGAAGAAUUACGAAAUAGUAUUGAUUGCUUUCGGAACAUUCUCAUCUACUUUCAUGGCUGCCGGUAUGACUCCUGCUUUUGAAACCAUGGCUGAAGAAUAUGGUGUUGAUUUACCUACUGCAGCAUACUUCACUUCUGCACAAAUUGCUGUUUUCGGUGUAUUACCUUUAUUAUGGGUCCCAUUGAUGAACACAUAUGGUAGAAAAUUCUUUUUAACAUAUGGAGCGCUUGCAUGUUGUAUUUUGAACAUUGGUGGUGGAUUUGCUAAGACAUAUGGACAACAAAUGGCUACUAGAGUAUUAGUUGCUGCUUUUGUUUCUACAGCCGCCGCUGCUGGUUCUUCCGUGGUUGGUGACUUAGCAUUUGCCCAUGAAAGAGGAAAGAAAAAUGGUUGGUGGUCAUUGGGAUUGAUUGUCGGUACUCCUGCUGGUCCAUUCUUUACUGGGUUUAUUCAAUACCAUGCUGGUACAAAAUGGAUCUUGUUUGUGUUCGCAAUUAUGAACUUUAUUCAAUUCGUAUUAUAUUUAUUUGCAAAAGAAACUGUUUACACUCGUCACGAUCCAACCUAUGAAUCACACGGAGUUAUGAAAGCCUUGGGUCUUCGUAAAUCAAAAGCUAGAGAAUUCAACUGGAGUGUCUUCUACACCCCUUUCAUCCAAGCUGCUAACAUUGAUGUCACCUUGGCUGUUAUUGCACUUUCAUUUACAUUCUGUUAUGCCAACAUUGUCCUUGUCGUGGAAAUGCCUCAAGUUAUGAUUCCUUAUUUCCAACUUAACGCACAACAACUUUCUCUCCAAUAUAUCUCCAUUAUCAUCGGGUCUGUCAUUGGGGAAGCCCUUGGUGGUCCAUUAUCUGACUGGUGGAUGAAGAAAUGUGUUGAAAAACGUAAUGGUCAAAGAGUAAUUGCUGAUAGAAUUUGGGUUUCCUACAAUGGUUAUCUUCUUUGUAUUGUCGGAUUGAUUAUUUGGGGUGUAUUCCUUCAAGAAGCAAAAAUGGGUCAUUGGAAUAUCAGACCAUUGAUCGGAGCUGCUAUUGCUGCAGCAGGUAAUAAUAUUGUUGCUACAGUCAUGACUACAUUUGCUAUUGAUUGUGUGCCAGAGAAGGCUCCUGAUGUUGGUUUAUAUUUGAACUUUGCGAGAAACAUCUAUGGAUUCCUUGGUCCAUUCUAUUUCCCACAAAUGUUCGAAAGAUUAGGAUUUGGUGGUAGUGCAGGAUUGAUGUGUGGGCUUCUUUUGUUAUUUGCCUUCUUACCUUCCGCUUUAGCUCAUUUUAGAGGAUUGAGACGUAAAAACUAA